GUGACUUGUGACACCUAACAUUUAUGGCGCGCAUUAAUUCAUAAACGUAAAUAGAUAGCCACAAGCAGAACUAUUAUCUACACGUUUCAUUUGAUUAUACGGGUUAUACGGUAGAAAUGGACUUAGAUACAGCUUACAUUGAACCGUUGAUUCACGAUUGGAUCGAACAUCUUCAGCAAACUAUGAGAAAACAGGAACAAGAACAGAUUACUAAUACAAUCAAUUUUGCCAUGUCAUUUGUAGCAAUUCCGGCAUCUACUAUAAAAGUAGCCUUCAAGAUAGCGGAAUAUUUGGAAUUAGAGCCAAAUGUCAAAUAUAUGGCUAUUGAACUAUAUGACAAAUUCAUGUGUAAACACUUUUGGGAACUUUAUAAGACAGAGUUUAUGAAUGAUCCAUCUCAAGCAUCGUGGUUUAAAAUUUGCAAAAGAACUUCUAAUCAAACAAAAUUAAAUCUAAUAUCAUGUUUUCAAUUGGCGUGUAAAAUGGAUUCUCAUUCUACUACUUUAGGAAUAUCACAGGUUCUUAAUAUUCUAUACCUGAUUGACAAAGAGUCUGAAUAUACACGAAAUAUGAUUUCCUCUUCGGAAAUUAAAGUUUUUAAAACAGUAGGAUGUGCAAUGCCUCUUUAUACACCAUUACACUAUAUCGAAAUUCUUCUGGCAGCGACAGGUCUUGGAGAAAUGCCAAAUACGUUUAACGUUUCGAAAAAUUUGUUAGAUUUGGCUUAUCUAAAGCAUGACAGAUUAUAUUCGCAAAUUCAUUUAUAUUACAUGCACAAAGAUACUGUAAAUGCAGAAUGUGUAGCCAGGAAGUUGAUAUCAUUGAAAUCAAAUGUACUUUACUUAAGUGCAGCAAUAGUGUAUUGCACAACGUUUUUUUUAUGCUUGGAUACAAAUACUACGGAGGAGCAAAUUUUUGUAGCGAAAUUGGCAGAAUUAUCACACACAACUGAUACUGAUAUUUGCAAUAUGGCCAAUAUAUUGCUCUCAAUAGCGACACAAGAGUAAUGUAAUAGACUGCAUAUUAUAAACAAUUUUACAUGCACAUGCAUGUGUGUAU